UAGCUCCGGGAUAAAACUUCUCAGUUGCCAUCAAGUCACAGAAGACACACACACACACACACACCGCACAACUUGUUGAAUGAUUGUCCAUGUGCGAUUGAUUGAUCUCUGCUUACGGAUUUCCUUCGGAAAGCGAAAUGGUGUUCUGGACCUUCUGGCACAUUAAAGUCAAUUAGAAAAAAAAGAGCAAGACAGGACAGAUAUUGAGUUUUUUGGCAGACUUCCUCUAUUCUGCCUUCGCUGGGAAGUUGUGAAAUCCUCUAUAGAUUUACUUCUUUUUUUUUUUUUAACAUACACAGACUCUCCAUGCCUUCCGAAAUCGCUCCGGCGGUUGCGGAGCCGACUCAGGCUGGGUCAGUACCCGCUGCUACCGGCUCCGACGGCGGCACGGGCGGAAUCUACACAGCCAUUCUCAGCCGGAAUUUGCCCAUUAUUGGCGGGCGUGAAAAAACCUUCGAAGAGCUCAGAAAAAAAUGCCUGGAGAGAAAUGUCCUGUUUGAAGAUCGGGAGUUUCUAGCAGACGACAGCUCGCUGUUCUACAGUCAGAGUUUGCCUGUGAAGUUUGAUUGGAAAAGACCACCGGAAAUAUGUGAAAAUCCCCAGUUUAUCAUUGGUGGAGCAAACAGGACAGACAUCUGCCAAGGAGAUUUAGGUGACUGCUGGUUCUUGGCUGCCAUUGCUUGUUUGACGCUGCACGAGAAGCUACUUUUCCGUGUCAUACCGCCAGAACAGAAUUUCACUGACAACUAUGCUGGGAUAUUUCAUUUCCAGUUCUGGCGUUAUGGAGACUGGGUGGAUGUGGUUAUUGACGACUGCCUGCCAACUUUUAAUAAUCAGCUGGUGUUUACCAAGUCUUCCCAGCGGAAUGAGUUUUGGAGCGCCCUGCUGGAAAAAGCCUAUGCAAAGCUUCAUGGAUCCUACGAGGCUCUCAAAGGUGGGAACACCACUGAAGCCAUGGAGGAUUUCACAGGUGGGGUGACGGAAUUCUACGAGAUUAAGGACGCACCAAAGGACUUGUUCAAAAUUCUGAAGAAAGCUUUUGAAAGGGGCUCUCUCAUCGGAUGCUCAAUUGAUGAAAAAAAUGAGUUUUCCUAUGGGAUUGCUCCCCCAAGUGACAUUGGGGAAGCAAUAAGACGAAUGAUAGAAAAUGUGGGUGACUCGCAAACCGAUUUAAAUGGCAAAGGCUUGGAUCCACGGCCAUAUGGGGCUAUUGUACCUGCUCAGUUUGAGACCCGCAUGGCCAGUGGACUAGUUAAAGGCCAUGCUUAUUCUGUAACUGGAGUGGAAGAGACCUCGUUUAAGGGAGCUAAAGUUAAGCUUGUCCGUCUCAGAAAUCCUUGGGGGCAAGUGGAAUGGAACGGAUCUUGGAGCGACAACUCAAAAGAGUGGACCAUCAUAGAUAAAUCGGAGAAAUCCCGUCUGCAGCAUCAGAUAAAAGAAGAUGGCGAGUUUUGGAUGUCGUUUGAUGAUUUCAUGAAGAACUUCACAAAGUUAGAAAUCUGUAAUCUGACGGCGGACGCGCUAGAAUCCGAUCAACUCCAAACAUGGACAGUGUCCGUUAACGAAGGACGAUGGGUCAGAGGCUGCUCGGCUGGGGGGUGUCGGAAUUUCCCAGACACCUAUUGGACCAACCCACAAUAUCGUCUUAAACUCCUGGAGGAGGACGAUGACCCGGAUGACAAUGAGGUCGUCUGUAGCUUCCUUGUAGCGUUAAUGCAGAAAAAUCGUAGGAAAGACCGCAAGGCGGGAGCCAAUCUGUACACCAUAGGCUUUGCCAUUUAUGAAGUUCCAAAAGAGAUGCACGGAAACAAGCAACACUUACAAAAGGACUUCUUCAUGUACAAUGCCUCAAAAGACAGGUGUAAGUCAUAUAUCAACAUGAGAGAGGUAUCACAGCGUUUCCGUCUGCCCCCAAGCGAAUAUGUCAUCAUCCCAUCAACCUACGAGCCCCACCAGGAAGGAGAGUUUAUCUUACGGGUUUUCUCCGAGAAAAGAAACAUCUCUGAGGAAGUAGAAAAUAAGAUUGAAAUCGAUCGUCCAAGUAAAAAGAAAAAAGCCAAGCCCAUCAUCUUUGUGUCGGACAGAGCAAACAGCAAUAAGGAAUUGAGUGUGGACGAAGUGUCUGACGAAGAAAAGAAAAAAAGGAGCCGGGAUGAAAAAGAGGGAAAAGAUAAGACGUCGGGUAACACAGACAAGGAGAGCGAGGAGGAUAACAUGUUCAGGAACAUCUUUCAGCAGAUCGCAGGCAGUGACAUGGAAAUCAGCGCAGAUGAACUUCAAAGUGUCCUUAACAAAGUCAUUAAUAAACAUAAAAAUUUGAAGUGUGACGGAUUCACUCUGGAAUCGUGCCGCAGUAUGAUCGCGCUCAUGGAUACGGACGGCUGCGGAAGGUUAAAUCUGCAGGAGUUUCAUCACCUUUGGAAAAAGAUCAAGCACUGGCAGAAAAUCUUCUUGCGUUACGAUUCAGACCAGUCGGGCACAAUCAAUAGUUACGAGAUGAGGAACGCGGUCAACGAAGCAGGGUUCCACCUGAACAAUCAGCUUUAUGACAUCAUCACGAUGCGAUAUGCCAACAAGCACAUGAACAUUGACUUUGACAGCUUCAUCUGCUGCUUUGUGCGCCUGGAGGGAAUGUUCAGGGCGUUUGACGCAUUCGACAAAGAUGGAGAUGGACUGAUCAAGCUAAAUAAGUUGGAGUGGCUGCAGCUUACCAUGUACGCCUGAGAGCCCCCGUUCUACGGUUCAGCUUUCCUUGGCUCCUCGCGCCCACCUCUCGCUCGCUCGCACAGCGCAGGAUACACUCAGGAUCUGUCGGACAGAGCUCUUCACACUUACCUCAUCGUCCUCAAAUACACGGAAAACCGGCAAUAACGUCUUAUGUUUACUUCCACAAGCGCAACCGAGAAGCCAUUUUAUUUUGUGACAGGAUAGACAAUUCAUCCCCCGUUAGUAGCGGAUUACAGCGAGGAUCCCAGUGUUAUGAAAAGGUGUACGUACGUCCACUUCUAUACGACAUUUAAGGUGGGCUACAUAUAUUCACAGCCAGACGUUCACAUACCCCCUACUGCUACAUGUUAAUUUAUUCAUGUGAACAUUUCAAAGGGUAAUUAUACCAACGUCUUGGGCGCAAACCACCUUAAAAUGUGUUUCUUUGUGAUGUUGGCAUAUCUAAAUUAUAUCAAGCGAUGGGAGCAGCCAUUUUGACGCAAAUGAAUACACAUUGCAUACGAUUAGCGUUUCUGUGAUAUUUACCGGGGGGGGGGGUCGUUAAUAUCACAAACUUUAGAAAGAUCAAAAUGACAAAAAGGUAUUCCUUUCGAUGGCUUUUGUUAAUAUUGAGCAAGCUACCUCAGCUAUAGUUUACCUGAACAACAAAACGGCUGACCCGGCUGCGUCAGAGAAACUUGCGAUGUCCCGCGUGUAAUUAUUUGCGCUCAUACCCUUUUACGAGUUAGAGCGUUUGGCCGUAGCGAUAGAAAGUGCUGAAAGUAUUAUAUUUGUGGCGUGAGAUUUGAAAUGUUGACGUGUACAUUUUUGUAUGUGACAGCGGCACGGUAUACGCUCGAUCACAC